AUGGCGUCGGUUACAAGUCUCGAUCAAGACAUGCGCAAACUGCGCCUUGAGCGAUAUACCCCCGGCGCUGCAAAUGAAGUGAGAAACUGGAUCGAAAGCACUCUGGGCGAGAGAUUGUCGUCAGGCGACCUGAUGGAUGCCCUGCGAGACGGGGUAGCUCUUUGCAAGCUUGUCAAUCUCGCCGUGUCCCCCGGCAUCAAAUAUAAACAGUCAAACAUGCCCUUCGUGCAGAUGGAGAAUAUCUCCCACUUCCUCCGCGCUUGCGAGAUUCCGCCGUUGAGUUUGCCUUCUCAUGAUCGCUUCCUCACCGUCGACCUCUACGACUCCAAAGACCCUGCACAAGUCUUACAAUGCAUUGCUGCCUUCAGUCGCAGAGCGAGCCAACUCAAUCCUUCUGCGUUCCCUGCAACCCUAGGAGCAAAGAGCAAAUCGGCCAUGAGUCCACAGGGAACAGGCUCAAGCGGACCGAGAUCUCCCGCUUACACCACUACCACAACUUCGCGACCGCGAGAGUCGAGCAAUGCAAAUGCUGACAGUCCCUCCAUCACAUUCAAUCCCCUCAAUAAGGCCGCCUAUUCCGGACGUGUUAGCCCAACUAAGAACAUCCUAAGUCGGGGAGGGCUGGCUUCCGGCGGCGCGGUUAGCAGCUGGAGCAACAAGACUGACGAGACCAAGACCGCACCCGCGUGGAAUAUUCAUCAAUACGGGUACAUGGGAGGAGCAAGUCAAGGUAACCAAGGGGUUGCUUUCGGCGCACGGAGACAAAUCACCUCUCCUGCGCCCAACGUCCCCAGCCUUGCAGAGAAGGAGAAGCGUCUCAGAGAAGAUGCCGAGAGAAAGCGACUUGAGGCAGAAGAUUUUGAACGGCAGCAGCGCGCUCAACAGGCUGCAGAAGAAGAACAAGCACGCCUAGAAGAAGAGCGCAGAUGGGCGCAUGAAACUCAGCAAUUGAGAGAACAAGAGGCCGCUGCGCAGCGAGACCUUGAGCGACAACGUCUACAAGAGGAAGAACGUGUCCGUCGUGAAGAACAGCGUCGCAAAGAGUUGGCUUAUGAACGUGACCGGGAGCGAGAAGCCCAAGAUAAUGCAGACCGAGAAGCCCGCAUGACCCAGGCACGAAGUCGACAACGCACCGUCAGUGAUGCUCGUCUCAACGGACAAUUUCUCAGUCAAUACCAAGCAGAACAGGCGAGAAGUUCUACCGCCUCGCCCCAUCUGUCAAAGCCCAUCGCUGAGCAAGAGUCAGCUGAAAGUAGACGCAUUGCAGAGCUAGAGCUGCAACUGGAGGAGAUGAAGGCCCAACAGAGACAAAGCCAAUCCGCGCGACCUGUGCCCGAGCCCGAACCCCCAGCUCCUGCGUUACCAAGCAGAACACAAGUUGGCCAAACAAGCCAUGAGGACGACUGGGCAGCAUCAGAGCGCGACUACUUGCAGCAACAAUGGCAGAAAGCCCAGGAUGAUCAACUCCCUCCCAAACCACCGCGUCCUGAACCUACACCGUCAACAUCUUCUCGUCCGUUGCCAGACCCUGCGACCUAUCAGCCCGGCACGAAUCGCACCGACCGUUACCUUGCCUCAAACGCCGCUCCUUAUCAACCAAAUGUUGCGUCCCACCGGCCCCAAGACUUUUCUACCACCACCGAAGUGGACCUUGAAAAUCAACGCCGUAUCCAAUCCCAACAGCGCACGAAAGCGGGUGGCUGGGCCUCGAAAUCCCUCCUCGAGCGGGAAAUGGAGCGUGAGCGAGAACGACAGAGAGAAUGGGAAGAGGCACAGAAGGAUACCGCUUCAAGGGCUAGAGAUAUAAAAGAGGGGAGUGGACCCGGUCAGACCUGGGAUGUCCAUCAGUACGGCUUUAUGGGUGGUGAUAGCCAGAAUCGCGGGGGUCCGGGGCUGGGAGUAGGAGGCGCGAGACGGCAGAUUAUUGGCCCAAGACCGCCGCCCUAG